UAUUAUUGACCAGGGCCUGGGCCAAUUGGAAAAUUACGCCACACGGAGCUUCGUCAUUUUGUAAGAUCUUGUUUCAAAUACCGAACAGCCCGUAGAAACUAGAGAGAGAAAGCGACGGUGGGACUUCGGCAGCUAACCAUGUUUCCGACGAGUUCUCCGAUCCCAAUAAAUACCCAGUCGCUGGUUGUCCAAGAUAUUGCAGCUCUAAAUCGUGUAGAUUCGUUUAACUCUUCUGGAAAUUCUGCAAAUGAAGGAUCAAAUGGGGCACUUCCUUAUGCAAAUUCCAUAAUGUCUAAUUCUAAGAAAUUGCAAGAUGAAAUUGAAAAAUCUGGGAGUAAAAUGAAGCAGCACGAAGACAAUAUAAAAUUUCUGAAGGCUCAGAAAAAUCAGCUGGAUGAUGCCAUUCUUGAUGUGCAAGUUAGCCUUGGUAAGUAUAUUUCCUCAAGUGCACACAAGACUGAAGACGGGGUUCCUUCUCAAGUUCGAAAUGAGGAUGAAACAAUCGCUCAAAUCUUAAAGCAUGAAAAUUCUGCUGCUGGUAUUUAUUGCCAACUCAAACUUCGUCAUGGUUCUCAAGUUUCAAAUCCAUCUAUGUGCGAAGAUAUUCUUGGUGUUGUUGCCUCUUUAGGCAAAGUAGAAGAUGAUAACCUCAGCAGGCUUUUUUCUGAGUAUUUGGGCUUGCAGACUAUGCUCGCAGUUGUCUGUAAGACGUAUGAAGGUAUCAAAGCCUUGGAAAUAUAUGAUGGUGAAGGACUUGUGAAUAAAGGUUCUGGUAUACACGGCGUCGGAGCUUCUAUUGGACGGGCUUUGGAGGGUCGUUUUUCGGUGAUGUGUCUUGAAAACUUAAGACCAUAUGUUGGUGAGUUUUUGUCCAACGACCCUCAGAGGAGACUUGAUAUUCCGAAGCCAAGACUGCCUACUGGUGAAAUUCCAGCUGGCUUUCUUGGCUUUGCUGUAAAUAUGGUUCAUGUGGAUAGGCCUCAUAUCUUUUGUUUGACUUCAAAUGGGUGUGGCCUCAGGGAGACAUUGUUGUACAAUCUAUUCUCACGUCUUCAAGUUUAUAGAACGAGAGCUGAGAUGCUUCUUGCUCUUCCAUGCAUCAGUGAUGGAGCCAUCUCUUUGGAUGGUGGAAUUAUCAAGUCUACUGGUGUGUUCUCCCUUGGUAACAGGGAAGAUGUAGAUGUGAGGUUCCCUAAAUGCUCCAUAAGGGAAGGUCUCCCUGAGAAGUAUUAUGAACUUGAAAAUCAGAUAAAGCAGAAGAAAUUGGAAAAGAAGAGAAUUCAAGAUGAUAUCCGGAGAGAACAGGCAAUGUUAGAACAAGAGAAGUACACUUUCUCCUUGAAAAAACAAGAUUUUCUGAAGUUUCUAGCCGACAGCUCGACUUUCAUGGCACAGCAUCAAUUGCAGGCAACUGCAGUACAAAACCGACAAGGUCCUGAUAUGAUGAAUCAAAUGCAGGCAACUGGAGUUCAAAACCGACAAGGUUCUGAUAUGUUGCAUCAAAUGCAGGCAACUCCGGUACAAAACCGACAAGGUCCUGAUAUGUUCAAUCAAAUGCAGGCAACUGCAGUACAAAACCGACAAGGUCCUGAUAUGUUCAAUCAAAUGCAGGCACCUGCAGUACAAAACCGACAAGGUCCUGAUAUGUUUCCCGUUGGAGGAAUAAGACUGCCACAAUAACCUCGUUGAAGAACAUGAGAGGUUUGGUUCGGAGCUAAUGAAGUAUACCACUUAAACUUCUGGGGCUCCAUAUGGUGGCAGAUUAGGUUAUUAGUUUGUAGGUUCUUUGUAGUUGGUAGUUUGGAACAGUAAUGUGCAGUAGCAAAUGAAUUCCUUCCAUCUCUAUCUUUCCCUUUGGCAGGGAUGUGAAGUUUUGACUUUGAACUAUUCUAACUUGUAUUUUUGAAUCGUGUUAAAAAGGUUAUUUUGGGGGCUUCCUAAAAGCUUGCCCCCAUCAUUUUCUGAA